CACUGUCGUAAAGCACCUGGUCACUGUUGCAAAAUGCUCAACGUGUCCACUUUUCUGAACAGAGUACGAAAAGGGGCACGACAGUUAGCCAUCUAGCAUGCUAGGUGUGGGUGCUGGUCAUGUGUGUGUAGGUGAUGUAAAUGUGAGAACUGAUGGAGUCCAACAGGACGGUUCUGGUGACCGGAGGAUCUGGAUUUAUCGGCUCUCACCUGGUGUGUUCACUGGUCCUCAAACAUACUGACUGGAGGAUCAUUAACCUGGAUACUCUGGAUUACUGCUGCAGUAGGAGGAGUCUGCAGGCUGUGGAGGACCGAUCGAACUACUCGUUGAUCAGGGGGGACAUCUGUAACCCUCAGCUGGUGAAUCACAUCUUCAACACAGAAAACAUCGACGUGGUUUUUCACCUGGCGGCAAAAACUCACGUUGAGUCGUCGUUUGAGUCUCCGUCAUGUUUCCACCGGGUGAACGUUGAAGGAACGCAAGUUUUACUGUCGGCCGCUUGUCAGGCUCCUCACACGCUGCACCGCUUCAUCUACAUCAGCACAGAUGAGGUGUACGGGGCGGGGCCAGGACAGGGCCUCGAUGAGACGAGUCCACUGAGGCCAAACAACCCGUACGCUGCGACCAAAGCUGCUGCAGAGACACACGUCUUGUCCUACUGGGACACACACAGGUUUCCUGUCAUCAUCACCAGGAGCAACAACGUGUACGGACCGCGGCAAUAUACUGAGAAGGUCAUCCCGAGGUUUCUCUCUCUCUUACGCAACAACAGGAAGUGCACCAUCCAGGGAACGCUCCCGAAAUCUCGCCACUUCCUGUUUGUGGCCGACGCCGUCGAUGCCUUGCUGCUGCUUCUGGAGAAAGGCAUUGUGGGAGAAGUCUACAAUGUAGGAACCAGUUUUGAGAUUCCCAUCACGCACUUGGCCAGGGAGCUCAUUAAGACGGUGAAGAAUGUUCCGGACUCUCAAGUGAAGGACUGGCUGGAGUUUGUACCUGACAGGCCGGUAUUGGAGCUCAGGUAUCCCAUCACCUGUGACAAACUGAAGCAGCUCGGCUGGAGGGAGAAGGUCACAUGGACAGAGGGCAUCAGACACACAGUGAAAUGGUAUCAGGACAACCCAGACUUCUGGUGGAACACAGAAGAGGACCAACGGCCAAUCACAGAAGAGUUUCAACAUGUGAUGGACACGAGUGGGCUCUGCAGCUCGACUGACAGGAUUCAGACCUGAUGAGAUACACAAAUCAUCGAAGACUGCGACAGUGUGCGCUGAUUGAAGAUGUUCAUUAAUGUCAUGGUCAUAAUGAGGUUUUCAGGGGUCUUAGUACUGAUUCCUGCACUGGUUAGUGAUGAUAGAAGUCAUUCAUUCCAUGAAGAUAUGAAGGUGUAUUUGAAAGCACAAACAUUUCAGGUCAACUUUAAUUUAUUUUGAACACCACAACGUGUAAAGAGAGAUCGUCUCACUUCUGUGUCAGAUAUAUAUUUUUCUAAAUGUUUGACCAAAAAUUAACAGAUUCAAACCAUUCAAUAAACUGAAAAAAGAACCACA